UCUCUCUUCACAAAAAAAAAAAAAUCAAAUCUCUUCACUUUCUCUUCAAACCAACUCUAAAACCACCCCUUUCAUUACUUGUAUUUUUGGUCUUCCUUCUCAAAUUCUCAGUCUCCCUUUUUUAUCUCCGAGUCCAUUGCACCCCUCUCUCUCUCUCUACAAUCUCUCUCUCUCUCUCUCUCUCUCUCUAUAACAUCUCUUGAUUUAUGGCCAAAGGAAGUGGACUCUCCAUUGAUACAGAUCGGAUCGGAUGCUUCCUUCAUCACCCAACUGUGAUCAAUUCAUUUCCCGACGACCACCACCACCACCACAACAACAACAGCAACCGCCGCCUCAACCACCACCACCCGAAGCUGAAGCUUGAACCCAUGGAAACUACACAACAAGUGCCAAAUACUAUUCAAUUCCCAGUCAACCUAAACUGCACCUCCCACGAUGGUGAUGAAGAUGAUGAGGACGUUGAUCCUCCACCCUCCGGUGACAAACGAAGGGUCAUCGGAGAGAUGGAUUUCUUCGCCGACAAUAAACAAGGCGGCCGCAACGAUGUGGCUGCCGCCGUUGCCGGUGGUUCGGAUAAGAAGGGCUUGGAUGUCAACGUGAAUACCGGACUGCGGCUUCUGACUGCUAACACCAGUACUUGUCAAUCCACGGCGGAUGAUGGAAAGUCCCGAAACUCCGAUGAUAAACGAGCUAAGGCCGAGCUGGCUGUGGUGCAAGCGGAGCUGGAGAGAAUGAACGUGGAGAAUCAACGGCUGAGAGACGCGCUCAAUCAAGUCACCAGCAAUUACAGUACUCUCCAGAUGCACCUGAUUACACUGACGCAGCAUCAAAAUCACCGAAACCGCGAUCAAAAACCCGAAAACAAUUCCGCAAAUGGAAAUUCAGAGGAAAACAACAACAUAUUACACGGUGGUUUUAGCGGAGGGCAAGUGGUUCCUAGACAGUUCAUGGACCUCGGGCUCGCCUCCGCCGCCAACGCGAACGAGCCGGCGUUGUCUCCCUCGGAGGAGGAGCGGUUGCGAUCGCCGCUGCCGGUUAAUAAUGCUGCGGCGAAGGAGUUGUGUGAUGAUCAUGCGAGGGAGGACAGCCCGGAGGAUGGGUCGAACAAGUUUGCUAGAUUGAACCCUACCAAAAAUGUUGAUCAGGCCACGGAGGCUACCAUGAGGAAAGCCCGGGUCUCGGUUCGAGCGCGGUCCGAGGCUCCCAUGAUUAGUGAUGGAUGCCAAUGGCGGAAGUACGGGCAAAAAAUGGCGAAAGGAAACCCGUGUCCUCGUGCUUAUUACCGGUGCACCAUGGCUGCCGCCUGCCCAGUUCGAAAGCAAGUCCAAAGAUGUGCCGAAGACAGAAGCAUCCUAACCACCACCUACGAAGGCAACCACAACCACCCCCUCCCUCCCGCCGCCAUGGCGAUGGCCUCCACCACCUCCUCCGCCGCCCGAAUGCUUCUCUCCGGCUCCAUGCCGAGCUCUGACGGCCUCAUCCACCACCACCCCAAUUUCCUCCCCAGACCAUCCCUCCUCCCCUGCCCCCCCACCAUGGCCACCAUCUCCGCCUCUGCCCCGUUCCCCACCGUCACCUUAGACCUCACCCAAAACCCGAACAACCCACUACAAUUCCAGAGGCCUCCAGCCCAGUUCCAGCUCCCGUUUCCAAACCCGAACGCGGCGGCCCUUUUGCCGCAAUUGUUUGGGCAAGCGAUUCAUAGUAACCAGUCCAAGUUUUCGGGGCUCCAGAUGUCGCAUGACGCGGUGCAACAGCAGAACUCGUUGGCUGAGACGGUGAAUGCGCUCACGGCGGAUCCGAACUUCACGGCGGCGCUGGCGGCGGCGAUUGGUUCUUUGAUUGGGGGCGGGCAACCGAAUAAUAACGGCAACAACGGUAACGGCAAUAAUGGCGGCAGCUUUUCAAGUGGUAACAACAAUAGCAAUGACAGCAAAUAAAAGGCAAACACUUGCAAGUUUUUCUUGGGAGGUUUUUUAUUUUUGGGCUGUGUUUUUUUGUCCAGGAUUUGUGGACUGGACCGACCAGAUUUGUCGCGGCGGGCCCAGUAAGAGUCCGAUUUCUAUAGUUUCAUCGAUUGUUUAUUUUGUAGAAUAAGUUAGCUUGAAAAAACAAAAUUGAUUCUAUAGCCGCAUGAUGAAAGAGGUUUGUCUGUAAAGAAUGCAACAUAUAUUAAAAUAUAAAUUUGAAAAAAGUGUCGAUUUUUCAAGGAAAAACUUGAUAAAAUCAUGCGGCUACGAUUAUCACAUUCUUUCUUUUUUUAUUUUUAUUUUGUGGAUGAUUGAAAAGUCAACAACCCAAAUUAUCGAAUUGAACACGUUCGUUCUUUUCA